AUGGAAGAAAAUUUGGCUUUUAAAAGAAAAGUUCCUUUAUAUCCCGAUAGUCAAAAGAAUUUUGGUAUAACCUCGGCUACUCAGUUUUAUGAACUGACUAAUAUUGUUAACACAAGUCAGCCUUUUGAUAAACAAGCAUAUAAUGAACUUCUUAACUUAGAAAUAUUUGAAUUUAACCAAGAAAACUAUAAUAAUGUGAAAUCAAUAUUUGAACAAGAAGCUGCAAGUGAUGAUGAUAAUGCAAGUGGUAUUGCAUGUCUUAGUAAUUGUUUUCCUGAUGGAAUCUUAAGAAUAGAAGCAAUUUUCUUACAAGACGUCAUUUCAAUACAAAAAAAAAAUUCUCAUCAAGCUAUUUCAGACAAACAGACACCAACCGAUUCAACGAAUAUAGUAGAUCAAGAUGGAUCACCAAAGAAGAAACAAAGGCAAACUCAUCAUGAAACUAAACUUGAAGAAAAAGAGCUUUUAGAACUAUUGGUAACUUAUUCUGAAUAUCCAACUAGUGAUCAAAUAAAUCAGGUUGGAGAAACAUUGGGAAAUGAAUGGGAUAAGAAUCAGAUUAAUCAAUAUAUAUCUCGUCAUAGGCGUAAUAAAAACAAUAACCAUGAAUAA